AUGUCGGAAAGAAAAGUAUUGAAUAAAUAUAUACCACCAGAUUUUGAUCCAGAUGCAUUAUUACGUUAUAAAAAAGUAUUAAAAUCGGAAAUAUUAAGAAAAGAAAGUCCAUUAGCAUUGAAAUUGAAAUAUGGAAAUUCUAAAUUAAUGAAUAUACGUAUGAUGUAUCCAUUUACAUUUCGUUGUGAAAGUUGUCGUGAUUUUACAUAUGUUGGUACGAAAUUCAAUUCACGUGUACAAAGACUUGAUAAUGAUACUUAUUUAGGAAUAGUCAAAUGGCGUUUCUUUGGUAAAUGUCCAAAUUGUAAACAUGAAAUUGUUUUUAAAACUGAUCCUAAAAAUUCCGAUUAUACACUUGAAUCUGGUGGUACUCGAACAUAUGAUGCUAAUAAAGAUCAACAACAAAUUUUACAACAAUUAAAUCAACAACAAGAUGAAAAAGAUGAAAUGAGUACAAUAGAUAAAAUGAAUAUGAAAGCAGAUCAUGCAAUAGAAGAAUAUGAAGAAUUAGAACGUUUAACAGCAUUAAAACGUCGUGCAGGACGUAUGAGAGAACGUGAAUUAUUAGCUGAACAAUCAUUAGAAAAAUUACAUAAACUAAAUUCUAAUAGUUUACUGGACAAUAAUUUGAAAGAUAGUUUGGGGGAUAAGUUAUUGGAAUUUGAAUCAAUAAAUGAAGAAGAAAUUAAUUUAUUUAAAUUACAACAAAAUCAAAUUUUUAAUCAAUUACAUUACGGUGUUGAGUCCACAGAAGAAAAUAUCGAAGGUACCGAAGAAAAUAUAGAAGAAAAUAUAGAAAAUACAGAAGAAAAUAUUGAGGAUACAGAAGGUAUACAGGGAGAAGUACUAGAAGAUACAGUAGACACAGUAGAUAAAGGUACAGUAGUAGAAGAUACAGUAAAAGUAGAUAAAGGUAUAGUAGAAAACGUAAUAGAAAAAGGUAUAGAAGUUAAGAGUAGAAUAAAAAUAGAAAUAAAGAAGAAGAGAAUAUUAUCAAUAGAUUAUGAUAGUGAUUAG